AAAAAAAAUUUUGACGGAAACCCAUGGUGUAGGAGUUGCUGAAAGGCCGCAUCUCUCCUGCAGAUGAGUGAGUUACCAGUCAGCUCUCCAGAGCACCCCUGGCGGGUAAGCCCAACAGAGGAAAAAGAGAGGAGAGACCUACGAAGCCAACUGGUGUUCACCGUCGACUCGGAGGGCUGCGAGGACUUGGAGGAUGCCCUCUCCUUGCGCAUUCUGGACAAUGGCCACCUAGAACUCGGCAUCCAUACUGCUGACGUCAGCUACUUCGUGGUACCAAACUCCUGCCUGGAUAAUGAAGCCAGGAGAAGGGCCAACACUUUAUUUCUGCCCCAUAAGCGUUACGACAUGAUCCCCGCUGCCCUCAGUACGGACUUAUGCUCCCUCCGAGAAGGCGCCGACAGAUAUGCUGUAAGCGUCAUAUGGGAGUUGGAGGGGACCUCUUAUGACAUCAAGAACGUGUGGUAUGGAAGAACCAUCAUCCGUUCGGCCUAUACCCUGACCUACGGAGUGGCCCAGGAUCUCCUGGACGAGAACUUGAGUGCCGCCGAGGCCAUCUUCGUCGACAAAGACCUAGACGAGAGAAGCAAAGAAACCAAGCUGAAGGAGUUAACAUGGGCUCUCCAAAAGCUGAGGGUCCUAGCUAACCACUUCAGGGACCAGCGAUCCAGCCAAGGGGCCCUGAAUUUGAAAUACUUGGACGUUGCCUUGAAACUAGACGAAAACAACAAAGUCGUCAACAUCAGCCCCGCGCUAAGGCUGGAUGCCCAUGACAUGGUGUACGAGUUGAUGCUCCUGGCCAAUCACUGGGUGGCCAAGAGGAUCUGCAAGGAGUUUCCUCAUCAGUCUCUGCUGCGCCGUCAUCCUCCUCCUCCACAGAUUUUAUUUCAAGAUCUCUUGUCGUGCACCAAAGCACUGGGCUGUGACAUAGAUACGCGGUCCAACAAGACACUGAAGGACUCUCUUGAAAAGGUAAGGGGCCCCAACCGCCCCUACUUCAAGACACUGCUGCAUCACCUCGCUGGGCAAGCCAUGGGCAGUGCACUGUAUUUCUCCACCGGAUCCUGUUCAGAGCAGGAGUUCUAUCAUUACGGUCUCGCUUUAGAUAAAUACACCCAUUUUACAUCUCCGAUAAGAAGAUACGCAGAUAUUGUAGUACACCGGUUAUUGAUGGCAGCUCUUGCCAAGGAAAAGAAAACAGAAACGGAGGACAAUCUGUUAAGCAACGAAGAUCUCCAACAACUAUGUGAAUACCUGAAUGAGAAAAGACAAUCAGCCAAACGAUGCAAAAAGCAGACCACUGAACACAUCAUAUGCUCUAGGGAGUGUCUGUCCGGCAAAAUGAAGGCAAUCGUCUACGCAAUCCGCCCGGGCAGCGUGCUGGUGUUUCUCCCAAAGGCCACGGCGACUGGAGCAGAGGCUAGGCGCUUGGAACUCUGCAGUCCCCACAUCGGUGGCGAGUAG